CCCGACUUUUCACGUUUUCUCUGUGAAAAACAAGCCAAAAGAGCCAUCGAUGUCUGAAUGAAAAUGAAUAAUCCUAUCUCCUGAACGGUCAUUAUCAGCAUGCCCGCUCGUCAUUUUCAGCCAUCGGCUGUCGCCCGGCGCAGCUCUUCGCUUCUUGAACCAAUCAUGAUGCGUGGAGGUACCGAACCAUCGUCGAUGCUUUGCAUGGCACGAUUCUGACUGUUCUGGUCGGGUAGUCGAGGCCUGAAGUCGGGCAAGAGUCCAUGUGGCUCUUGCUGACAUCUCAGCCUCAUGGUCAUAUUCCUUUCAUCAUAACUAGGUAUCAUCAUCAUCCUCGACUCCAGUCCUUUGAUCCCUCUUCUUCAUCCUUAUCUUUGUUCUCCGUCUCAUCUCACCUAGACAACAAGAAUACCUAAAUAUCUCCACCUGAUAGCACCUCAAGACCAAAGUUUCCAUUCUCUGUUAACUCCCACAUCUUCAACCCGACCACCCAAAACCUCGAAAUGGGUGACAACUUCCAACUUCCAUCCCCAGCCCCGGCUCAAGCUCAGGAACCGCAACAGAACCCUACCCCCCAAAAUGCUACCCUCCUCCAGGCCUUCGAAUGGUACACCCCCCCUGAUCACGCCCACUUCCUUCGUCUGUCUUCUCAGAUCCCUCAACUCUCCCAGCAUGGAAUCUCUUCCCUUUGGAUCCCACCCUCCUGCCGAGCCACCUCACCUCAGUCCAAUGGCUACGACAUCUAUGACCUCUAUGAUCUGGGUGAGUUCGAUCAGAAGGGUUCCGUGGCCACCAAGUGGGGGACCAAGGCUCAACUUCUGGAGCUGGCCCGGAAGGGUAAAGAGUACGGCGUAGGACUCUACUGGGAUGCGGUCCUCAACCAUCGCUUUGGUGCUGACCACCGCGAGCGGUGCAAGGCUGUUGAAGUGGAUGCCAACGAUCGGAGGGUGAGAGUAAGUGGGGAGUACGAGAUCGACGCCUGGGUGGGCUUUGACUUCCCUGGUCGCGGAGAUCAAGAAAGCACGAUGAAAUACCACUGGUACCACUUCUCCGGUGUCGACUUCAACGCCGACGAUCCGGGCAAGGCGGGGACUAUCUACCAGAUUUUGGGGGAGCAAAGCCAAGGGUGGGCCAAGAGUCCUGAGGAUGUUGAUGGUGAAAAGGGCAAUUACGAUUAUCUGAUGGGGUGUGAUGUGGAUUACAGUCAUCCGGAGGUGGUGGACGAUGUGCUGAACUGGGGGCGGUGGCUGGCAAAAGAGGUCUCAAUCAAGGGAAUCAGAUUUGAUGCCGUCAAGCAUUUCAGUGAGAGUUUCUUGAAGAAAUUCGUGAAAAUGCUUGAUGGAGAAUUUGGCGAGGGAUGGUUCUUGGUGGGCGAGUUUUGGAAGGAUUCUUUACAGAGCAUGACUGAUUAUCUCGACCGGAUGGACCACAAGUUCUCGCUGUUUGAUGCACCCUUGGUCUACAACUUUGGUGAAAUCAGCACGAGUGUCUCUGCUGAUCUGAGGAAAGUGUUUGACGACACGCUGGUGCAAAAAGCUCCCGUCUGCGCUGUGACACUCGUUCAAAAUCACGACACCCAACCGCUCCAAGCUCUCCACGUCCCCAUAACUCCCUGGUUCCUCCCCCUCGGCUACGCCCUCAUUCUCAUCCGUGAAGCCGGCUACCCCUGCAUCUUCUACGGCGACCUGUACGGUCUUUGCACCCCUACGUCUGAUAACCCGUCUCCCACCAGACCAACCAGCGGUCCUGUGACUAUCAUCCCUAAGCUUCUUCUGGCCAGAAAGCUAUAUGCGUAUGGACCGCAGACGGACUAUUUUGACUAUCCCACCUGCAUCGGCUGGGUCCGUCACGGGACGUGGGACAAAAAGGAUAAAUGCGCGGUGGUGAUGAGUAAUGCGGGAGAGGGGUGGAAGUGGAUGUUUGUGGGCGUGGAAUGCGCUGGCCAACAGUGGACGGAUGUGUUGGAGUGGAGGAAGGAGGUGGUCACGAUAGGGGAAAACGGAUGGGCGGAGUUCAGAUGUGGUGGUUGUAGUGUGAGUGUUUGGGUUUGGGAAGGGGCGAAGGGCAGGGACGAGUUCGAGACUCAGUUUGACUUCGACAUAUAUGCUGCCUCUACUGCCAAGUGAGGUUGAGGGACUGCAAACUUGGGGUGCCUCUAAUGGAAGGGGUGCGACGGAAAUACAUAAAAGGAUAUCGGAGAAAGGGCGAUGGAUGAAUGGGAAGGAUGUGAAACAACAAAUCCUGAAAGACAUGAGUGCAAAAGAUUGUUCGAAUCGUGGAGGCAUGUUAGGCACAAAGAUCGAGGCAGUCCAUCAAACAACAAAGUGAGGAAGUCAGUUUCUAUUGCUAUCAACGUCAGUUUUCUCCUCCA